AUGAUCGACGCUGAAGAGCGGCUCUGGGCAGGCUCGGGCAACUUGAUCACUGGCGGCCCAUACACUUGGCACAUCACCGAUCUAGACCAGCGGAGGCAUUUCUCAGUCACAUAUACUCCGCCAGCUCCAGUUGAAGAUGUUGAGGCCACAGAAGAUAUCUGUAUGGCACAGCUCCAAAAAAAAAAUGUCGACCAACUUGGCGAUGGAGUCUACGGAAUUCGCUUCUCAGAACCGGAUGGACCCAUUACCAUGUCUACAAACCAAGAGGAAGACGACGUGACCUGGUAUGUCAACAGCCAUCCAUUGGCUGCCUUGGAGCUUCCAUUUCCUGUCAAGACGGUCUACUUAGAAAGCCUGACCGAGGCUGUGUUCAAGUACUGGUUCAUGGAGAACGGAAUGUUCCGAACUUGGUAUGAACUCAACAGUUGGAGCCGCUUGCCUCGCGAUCAUCCGCAUAUUGUUCCGUUCGACUCCGUCGUCCUCAAUAAUGUAACUGGCGGGAUUGUCGGGUUCACCACUCUUUUUAUUCCUGGCGGCACACUAAAAGACAAUAACGCUACAACUAGGCCCUUCCGUCUUCGGUGGUUCGAACAGCUCCUAUCUGUGGUAGAUGACCUGAACUACCAGUACGGCAUGAUGCAUCAAGACAUAGCCGCGCGGAACAUCGUCAUUGAUGAAGAAGACAACCUUCGAAUCUUCGACUUCAACUACUCAAUCAUGAUUGACAAGCACUAUACGCCUCAUAGGGAUGAUAUCAAGGGGGUGAUCUUUACUUUGUACGAGAUUAUCACUCUAGACGAGCAUUUCCGUGAGCUUCCUCACGAGGAACAAGACGCUGAGGCACUACUACAGAUGGAGUGGCAAAAGCACCCCGAGGUGAUGCUAGACAGCGAUGUUACAGAAUUUCGGAGCGUAUUAGAUGCAUGGGUUACGAACAGAAAGGAGAAGGAGUUUAAACCCAUGGAUUCGUGGGUGCAGUGGCCAUGGAUGCCCAAGCCGCCACUGGGACCGGUGCUAAAGUAUGGUCCAAAUGGGGAAGUUACUGGAAAGGAGAUGAAGCCUGUUCAAGUUGUGAUCCGGAAACACCUGGUCCAAAUGGGCGAGCCGUAUUGGGAGUGGGAAAGGCCAGCGAGCUACCUCCUGGGAGAUGCUCUUCAAAAAGGGGAUGCGGGCAAAGAAGCCAACAUGCUCCCAGUGGGCGAAAGACUCAACGGGGUUCAAACAGACUGUGACUCCACGGACAUUUGCGCCGUUCCGUGA